GAAGAAGCAUCAUCAAUCCACAUAUACCACACCAUACAACAGUAAUCUGCGAUGUCGUUAAACCUGUAAUAGCUAGACUUGGCGCUUCAACACUAGACAAUCACGAAUUCUAUGAUCCUUACAGCGCGUGGUAGAGGAGACUCGAUUUAGUGUUAUGCAAUAGCGAAGGUGUACUAAUUUUGGGUUAUGCAUCAAUUGAGUAGUGGUCUAUUUCAGGGGCUUAACAAAAGCUACAAUCAUCAACUCAGGAUAUUCGUAUCGGACAAGCAAUCCCAACAACAGAUUUAUCUCCUGAGCUAGUGAGGAUCUAGAUAACCAUGGGAAGAGUAUGGAAGUUAGCCGAAGUAAGCGAGCACAACACCCAAGAUAGUUGUUGGAUGGUUUUGCAUGGAAAAGUAUACGAUAUCACCUCAUUCGUCCCAAAACAUCCAGGAGGGAGAAGUAUUCUUCUUAAGAAUGCGGGGCAAGAUGCUUCAAGGGCUUUCGACUCGGUCCAUCCUGUAGAGAUACUGGAGGAGUACCUAACGCCUGAUCAAGUGCUAGGAACAAUUGAACCGAGUAGUAUCACCGAUGAUACCAAUAUACAGCCAUCUCACGACCCACCAGUGGAUUCGGAAGCCAUUUCAUCAUCUACGUUGCCACCCCUUGAAUCAAUGCUAAGCAUAUCAGAGACCGAGAAAUACGCCUUGCAACGGUUAUCGCCAAAAGCCAUCUCAUACUAUGUCUCCGCAACAGACGACCAAAUCACCAAAGCCGCCAACAGCCAAAUAUACCGGUCUAUCCUCUUACGGCCGCGUGUCUUCAUCGACUGCACAGAAUGCUCGCUCCAAACAUCAAUCCUCGGCAACGCAGUCGGCCUCCCAAUCUUCGUAUCUCCCGCCGCCAUGGCUCGUCUCGCCCACCCAUCCGGCGAAGCCGGGAUAGCGCGCGCGUGCUCCAGCUUCGGCGCUCUGCAAAUAAUCAGCAAAAACGCAUCGCUCUCACCCUCCGCCAUCGUCAAAGCGGGCCCCGACGCCGUCUUCGCGUGGCAGCUGUACGUGCUGAAGGACCUCGCGGCGACGGAGCGCACGCUAGCCCAGAUCCGGCGGAUCCCGCAGAUCAAGUUCAUCGUGCUGACGCUCGACGCGCCGUUCCCGGGGAAGCGCGAGGCGGACAAGCGCUUCAAGAUGGGCGAAGUCGCGGGCGGGGCGGCGCCGCAGCAGUGGGGCACGGAGGCCGGGUUGACGUGGCGGAAGACGCUGGACUGGCUGUGCCGGCAUACCAGCUUGCCGAUCGUGCUGAAGGGCGUGCAGACCCAUGAGGACGCGUACGCGGCGACGAUGUUUCCUGCCGUCAAGGGGAUCAUCCUGUCGAAUCAUGGGGGCAGGGCGCUGGAUACGGCGCCGACGCCUGUCCAAGUGCUGCUGGAGAUUCGGAAGUUCUGCCCAAAGGUGUUGGAGAAGCUUGAUGUGUUGGUCGAUGGCGGGAUCAGGCGCGGGACGGAUGUAGUCAAGGCUCUGGCAUUAGGAGCAAAAGGCGUAGGUAUCGGCCGAGCUGCGCUUUACGGACUCGCGGUUGGAGGGGAGGAGGGUGUUAAAAGGGUGUUGAAAAUUCUAGCUGACGAAACAGCGACAGCAAUGAGGUUGCUUGGUGUGAAGACUGUUUUAGAGCUUGGACCGCGACACGUCAAUACAAGUGCUUUGAAUUCGAGACUUUUCAAUGGUCCUUCCGGUUUGGAAGAUAUUGAAAGAAAAUUGCGGUCGAAAUUGUGAUAGUACAAUUUUCAGCGGUUAGGGUGAUUGAAUCUGUUGAAGGGUAGGAAAUAUUCAUUGAGUAGGCCUUGAAGAUCCCAU